UUAAGCUCUCAAAUCACCACGUUAACGAACCACAAUGCGCUCACUUUCAAGCACGCGCGCGAGCCUGGGCCGCGCCCUGCUGUUGGGCGGCAGCGGCAGCAACAGCGCAGCCAACAGCGCUAGCACAGCAGCCAUCACAGCAGCUGCCGCUGCAGCCUACUCAGCGCUUGUGCCUCAGCAGCAGCCGCAGUCUGACCUGCCGGCGCUGCUCGCGGCGGCGGCACGGCGCCACUUCGGCAGCGGCACCGACUAUUCAGACGGCCGCGCUGACUCGCACGAGUUUGAGCCGCGCGGUGGGGCCGCCGCGGUGGGCGCUGGCAGGAACAAGUGCGUGAUGCAUUGCGACGAGGGCUUCGGCACCGCGAGCGCCUGGCGAACGACGCAGCCGCGACUGGGUGCCUGGCCCAAUGCGGAGCCGGGCGUGCCGCGGCCGGAUGUGGUGCCCGCGCCGGAGCCAUCCAUCUUUGUCAAGGAGACCAAGCUGUCCAUCAUCGGCGGCCUGACGGACACAGACGCCAUUGAGGAGUACGACCGCAUCAAGGGCACCGCCGACCUGGACGACAACGGCUCGCCCACAGCCAUGAGCGGCAUGUAGACUGCUGGUGGUCGUCGUUGGUGUUGGUGUUGGUGCCGGUGGUGGUGUUGGUGGUCGGGAUGUCGAAUGGCCUAUUGGGCGCUGGUGGUGCAUAUGUGGUUGUCCGUGUGGUGCAGGGCGUGGGCACUGGGCAGUAGGUAGAAGCCAGCAGGUGACUGAGCAGCGAGUGAGGUCCACCUAGCUACGGACUGGCGCGUCCCUGUAAUUGUGCUGGUUG